AAAUUGCCGGAGUUGCGCUACUGUAUAUACUGUGGUAAGACCGUGAUUUAGGAUGAACGGCAUAUAACCUGAAGUCUGAUUAGAAAACGGCUUUUGGAGGAGUUUUAUACUUUUAAUUUCUCUUAAUGCACAUCUCGUGUAUUUUAUGAUGCACAUGUAGAAAAUUCUAUAGAUAUUUUUUUAUUCGUCGCAAGAGCUGUUAUUAUCGAUAGUAAAUAAUAAUUAUUACAAAAAUGAAGCAAAUUGUAUUUGGCAAAUUCAGUCACGAUAUUGUAUUGAUCUCCAAAGCUUCUAGAUACCCGAUAACGGUCAUUAGUACACGGAAACUAACAUCUGGGAAAAUCAAUAAAUAUUGUAGACCAUUGUUAGUGACUCCACAGCCAAGAUACUUUGUAAAUCCACAUCGUGGAUAUGCUAUGUUUGUAGCAAGAGUUUUAAGAGGAGCACUAAAAAUACGUUAUCUCCUCUUAGGAGGUGCAGUCGGUGGUGGUUUAACGUUACAGAAAAAAUACGAACAAUGGAAAGAAGGAUUGCCAGAUUUAGAAUGGGUACAAAACCUAAUGCCUUCUGAACAGCAAUGGCAAGAUUUCCGCAAAUCGCUCAUGGCGGUGAAAAGUAAUGUGGGCAGCAAAAUCGACAUCGCAGACCCACGUAUAAAAGAGAUCGGAUUAGCUAAGUACCAAGAAUACAGGACAUGGUUCAAUCAAAGACUGGAUGAUGCUAUUAAAGCAGCUGAGAGUCAGCAAAAAGACUACCAAGAUAACAAUAAUUCGAUACAGAGUGCAUUUGAUAGCAUUUCAAUGGUAGCUAAACAAGCUUACACAGAAACGAAAGAUCAGUUAUCAAACAAUAUGACUGCCUUUGCACGUCCAUUGGCCACUGAUAAUGCCGAGGAGGAACGUAAGAAAGCUCAAUCCUCGCAACAGCGGAUGAACGCCAUGCAAGAGGAGUUGAUGCAGAUGCAACUGAAAUAUCAACGUGAAAACGAGAGAUUGGAAAGGGAAAAUAAAGAAUUACGCAAACAGAACAUGCUCCUGCGAGGGAAUCAGAAAUUCAGCGACAAAAAGAUUAAAAAGUCAUUGAUUGAUAUGUACAGCGAUGUCUUGGAUGAGCUUAGUGAUUACGAUAGCGCCUAUUCUACUGCCGACCAUUUACCUAGAGUGAUAGUUGUUGGUGACCAAAGCUCCGGUAAAACCUCCGUACUUGAAAUGAUCGCGCAGGCGAGGAUAUUUCCAAGAGGUGGAGGCGAAAUGAUGACGAGAGCACCAGUCAAGGUCACCUUGAGCGAAGGUCCGUAUCAUAUAGCCCAGUUCAAGGACAGUUCCAGAGAAUUUGAUCUUUCGAAGGAGUCGGAAUUGGCCGAGCUCAGGCGGGAAGUAGAACUAAGAAUGAAGAACAGUGUUAAGAACGGGAAGACGGUCAGUCAGGAUGUUAUCUCUAUGACGGUAAAAGGACCGGGCCUUCAACGUAUGGUCCUCGUUGAUCUUCCUGGUAUUAUUAGUACGGUAACUGUUGAUAUGGCGGACGAUACUCGUGAAGCCAUAAAACAAAUGAGCCAACAAUACAUGAGCAAUCCUAACGCGAUCAUUCUCUGCAUACAAGACGGCUCCGUCGAUGCAGAAAGGAGUAACGUAACCGAUCUUGUAGCUCAGAUGGACCCUUCUGGCAAAAGGACGAUCUUUGUCUUGACAAAAGUCGAUCUAGCGGAAGAGAAUCUAACUAAUCCCGAUAGAUUGCGUAAAAUAUUAUCUGGUAAACUAUUUCCGAUGAAAGCAUUGGGCUACUUCGCCGUGGUCACCGGUCGUGGCAAGCAAGAUGAUAGUAUACAAACGAUCAAAGAUUACGAAGAACAUUUCUUCAGAAAUUCCAAGCUUUUCAAAAACAGUUUGGCAAUGUCGGGCCAGGUGACGACGAAAAACUUGAGCUUAGCAGUAGCUGAAUGCUUCUGGAAGAUGGUUCGUGAAACGGUGGAGCAACAAGCGGACGCGUUCAAAGCCACGAGAUUUAAUUUGGAAACAGAAUGGAAAAAUAAUUUUCCAAGAUUGAGAGAAUUGGACAGAGAUGAACUUUUCGAAAAAGCACGAGGUGAGAUUCUGGAUGAGAUUGUCAACUUGUCGCAAGUGUCCCCAAGGCAUUGGGAGGAAGUGCUAAUGGCCCGAAACUGGGAAAAAGUCAGCAUGCACGUUUUCGAAAAUAUCUAUCUACCUGCGGCUCAAAGUGGAAACCCAAAUACGUUCAACACCACUGUCGAUAUCAAACUCAGACACUGGGCAGAACAGCAAUUGCCAGCGCGUAGCGUCGAGAGCGGAUGGGAAUGUUUGCAACAAGAGUUUCAGAAAUUCAUGGCACAAGCUCGACACAGUCCAGGUCACGACGAUAUCUUCGACAGUCUCAAAAAUGCCGUUGUAAACGAGGCAAUGAGACGCCAUUCGUGGGAAGAGAAGGCUUCAGAGAUGCUACGUGUUAUUCAACUUAACAUUUUAGAAGACAGAAGCAUAAACGACAAACGUGAAUGGGAUCAAGCGGUAAGAUUCUUAGAAACGUCAGUGAGAGAAAAGCUACAGAGCACGGAACAGAUUCUGCGCGGUAUGCUGGGUCCCAAUCGCAAGGAGCGAUGGAUUUACUGGCAGUCUCAGACUGAGGAGCAAGAGAAACGCACGGCGGUCAAGAGUGAGCUAGAUAAAAUUCUCUACGCCGAUAAAAAACACGCACCUACUCUUACACACGAUGAACUCACGACCGUCAGAAAAAAUUUGCAGCGAAAUGGAUUGGAAAUUGAUAAUGAAUUUAUUCGAGAAACGUGGCGUCCAGUGUACAGAAGAUUUUUCCUACAACAGAGUUUGUCGAAAGCAUACGAUUGUAAAAAGGGAUAUUAUCUGUAUCACACUGGUCACGAAAACGAAAUGGAGUGUCACGACGUAGUGCUUUUCUGGCGAAUUCAGCAAAUGCUGAAGGUCACCGCGAAUGCACUUCGCCAGCAAAUCAUGAAUAGGGAAGCUCGAAGAUUGGACAAAGAGAUCAAAGAUGUUUUGGAGGAUUAUAGUCAGGAUAAAGAAAUCAAAGAGAAACUGCUCACGGGCAAACGGGUCACGUUAGCCGAAGAACUUAAACGAGUCAGAAAAAUUCAAGAAAAAUUGGAAGAGUUUAUUCAAGCAUUAAAUAAAGAAAAAUGAAUGCAUAGUCAAAUGUCAGAAUUCAAGCACUGGAUUGUGCACUAGAUUUAAUAAAAGAGAACAAAUCUCUGACAUUACUCGCGAUUGAAUAAAUAGAAGAACACAAGCUGGCGAGUAUGUUUGGGGAUUAAUAUUUCGAAAAGUGCGAACACACGUUGCACGUAUUUAUAUUUCAACUCUAGAAACCAUUGAAAUGACAACUGAGAUGUCGUAUUUACGAUUAACUGAGCAUGAUAUUGGCGCAAGCGUAGGCAUAAGCAGAGACUUAAUUGAAGCUGUGUGAUAUAUAUAUAUAUAUAUAUAUAUAUAUAAACUGGAAGCUCUAUGCACUGAUACUGAUGUGAUCGAAGUUUGUAAAUAUGAAUGUUGAUCAGAAUAUAUAAUAUAAAAAAUUCUAUAAUGAAAAUGCACUAAGUACCAUUAUAAUUAUUUGAUAAAUUAACGUAUUAAUGUAAAAAUGCAAUAAUAUAGAAAAAUCACAUUAAAAUUGUAAUGAAUUCAUUAUAUUAGUGAUAAUAAUAAGACUUAUCACGAUUUGCCACCAAAAAUGCGCAAAGUUAUGGAAAUUAAAGGAUUUCGGAUAAAUCGGUAUUACGUCAGCUAUCUUUUAAUUUAUGUAAUGCUUGAUAUAUAUGUAUGUAUUAAUUAUAUGUAUAAUAGUGCAGUUAUCUACCAGUACUUUCAAUCAAAAACUAUCUAAAAUUACUGCUGGAUCGUGCUCUUCAUAAAUAAAAUAAAAAUUUUGCUAUCUCGUUGCACAAUUCCUAUUUUUACUGGGAUGUUUCAUCACCAAAUAAAGAUAACACGCAAA